CAUGAAGCGGCCGUACGCCCGGUAACUUGGGACCUGUCUUUUUUUUCUCCGGAGGGGCAGGUGGGGGUUGCUGCGGGUACGAGUGCUGGACCGACCGGCCCGUGUUUCAUCCAUAGGUGGCUGCGAUAGACAAGUCGUUCACGAUGCCGGUGUUCCACACCAAAACCAUCGAGAGUAUCCUCGAGCCGGUGGCACAGCAGAUCUCCCACCUGGUCAUCAUGCACGAGGAGGGGGAGGUCGACGGCAAAGCCAUCCCGGAUCUAACGGUUCCGGUGGCGGCCGUGCAGGCUGCCGUGAGCAACCUCGUGCGGGUGGGCAAGGAGACCGUCCAGACCACAGAGGACCAGCUCAUGAAGAGAGACAUGCCCCCUGCGUUCAUUAAGGUGGAGAGCUCCUGCUCCCAGCUGGUGAAGGCCGCUCAGAUGCUGAAGGCCGACCCGUACUCGGUGCAGGCCAGGGACUACCUCAUCGACGGGUCCAGAGGCAUCCUUUCGGGCACCUCCGACCUCCUGCUCUCCUUCGACGAGGCCGAGGUGCGUAGGAUCAUCCGGGUGUGUAGAGGGAUCCUAGAGUACCUCGCCGUGGCUGAGGUGGUGGAGACGAUGGAGGACCUCAUCACCUACACCAAAAACCUCGGACCAGGGAUGACCAAGAUGUCCAAGAUGAUUGAGGAGCGUCAGCAGGAGCUGACGCACCAGGAGCACCGACAGAUGCUGGUCGGCUCCAUGAACACCGUGAAGGAGCUCCUACCCGUUCUCAUAUCAGCCAUCAAGAUCUUCGUGGCGACCAAGACCAGCCGAGGGGCGGGCGUGGAGGACGCGGUGAGGAACCGGGUCUUCACCUUCGACAAGAUGAGCGCCGAGAUCCACGAGAUCAUACGCGUCCUGCAGCUCACCACCUGGGACGAGGACGCCUGGGCCAACAAGGAUAUGGAGGCCAUGAGGAUGUCUCUGGCUUUGAUCGAGUCUAAGAUGGCGCAGGCUAAAGCGUGGCUCAAAGACCCCCACGCACCGGCAGGGGAGCCAGGGGAGCAGGCGGUGCGGGUCAUCCUGGACGAGGCGGGCAAGGUGGGGGAGCUGUGUGCUGGGAGGGAGCGGAGAGACGUCCUGGGAACCACCAAGGCUCUGGGCCAGAUGACCGACCAGGUGGCCGACCUGCGGGCCAGGGGCCAGGGCCCCACCCCGGGCUGCAUGCAGAGGGCCGCCCAGUGCUCCCAGGGUCUGGACCUGCUGUUCAGCAAGGUGGACGGGGCGGCGCGCCGACUGGACGCCCUGAUCAACGCCAAGCAGGCCAUCGGUCGCAGGCUGGACGCCGCCCAGGCCUGGCUGGCGGACCCAAACGGGGGUCCAGAGGGAGAGGAGAACAUCAGAGCCCUGCUGGCCGAGGCCAAACGCAUCGCAGAUCUGUGCGAGGACCCUAAGGAGAGGGACGACAUACUGCGCUCCAUUAGCGAGAUUGUCGGACUCACCGCCAGACUGGCCGACCUACGCAGACAGGGUAAGGGCGACAGUCCUGAAGCCCGUGCCUUAGCCAAGCAGAUCGGGGCGGCGUUGCUCAACCUGCAGUCCAAGACCAACCGCGCCGUGGCCAACAUGAGGCCGGCCAAACCCGCCGUCACCCUGGAGGGGAAGAUGGAGCAGGCCCUCCGCUGGGUGGCCAACCCAGGGGUGGACGACCGAGGCGUGGGUCAGGCCGCCAUCCGGGGCAUGGUGGGGGAGGGGAAGCGUCUGGCGGGGGGGCUGGUGGGCCCCUACCGGCAGGACCUGGUGGGCCGCUGUGACCGCACCGAGGCGCUGAUGGCCUCGCUGGCGGACAUGGCGGCGCGCGGCGAGGCCGAGGCACCCCACGCCCGCGCUACCGCCGCCCAGCUGCAGGAGGGGCUGAAGGACCUGAGAGGGCGCAUGCAGCAGGUCAUGACCCAGGAAGUCUCCGAUGUAUUCAGUGACACCACCACUCCUAUCAAGCUUCUGGCUGUGGCCGCGACCGCACCGGCGGACACGCCCAACCGGGUGGAGGUCUUCGACGAACGCUCUGGGAACUUCGAGGCCCACUCGGGCCGCUUGGGGGCGACGGCGGAGAAGGCGGCGGCCGUCGGAUCGGCCAAUAAGGGCACAGUGGAGGGCAUCCACGCCGCCGUCAAACACUCCCGGGACCUCACGCCCCAGGUGACGUCUGCUGCGCGGAUCCUGCUGAAGAACCCGGGCAGCCAGCCGGCGUACGAGCACUUUGACACCAUGAAGAACCAGUGGAUCGACAACGUGGAGAAGCUCACCGGUCUCGUGGACGAGGCCAUAGACACCAAGUCCCUGCUGGACGCGUCCGAGGAGGCCAUCAAGAAGGACAUCGACAAGUGCCGCGUUGCCAUGGCCAACGUUCAGCCCCAGAUGCUCGUUGCCGGGGCGACCAGCAUAGCGAGGAGAGCCAAUCGGGUGCUGCUGGUCGCCAAGAGGGAAGUGGAGAACUCGGAGGACCCGCGCUUCCGGGACGCGGUGAAGCACGCCUCGGACGCCCUCUCGCACACCAUCUCGCCCAUGGUGAUGGACGCCAAGGCCGUCGCCGGGAACAUACAGGACAAAGGUCUGCAGAAGGCCUACCUGGACUCCUGCCUGAGGAUCCUGGGGGCUGUGGGGACGGUCCGAGAGGCCUUCCAGCCCGUGGAGCUGGACUUCCCCCCGCCGCCCCCUGACCUGGACCAGCUGCACCUCAGGGCUGGCAUGGGCACGCGCACACCAACACAGGUCAGUGAUGAGCAGGCCCCCCCCAAGCCCCCCCUGCCAGAGGGAGAGGUCCCGCCGCCUCGCCCUCCGCCCCCAGAGGAGAAGGACGAGGAGUUCCCGGAGCAGAAGGUGGGGGAGGUGCUCAGCGAGCCCAUGAUGGUGGCCGCAAGGCAGCUGCACGAUGAGGCCCGCAAGUGGUCCAGUAAGCCUGAGGAGGAGGAGGCAGUAGAGGUAGAUGAUGAAGAUGAGUUCACUGACGGUGAGGAUGACUAUGAGCCAGAGCUCCUGAUGAUGCCGUCCAACCAGCCUGUCAAUCAACCCAUCCUGGCCGCCGCCCAGGCGCUGCAUCAGAUGGCCCGCAAGUGGUCCAGCAAGGGCAACGACAUCAUCGCGGCAGCCAAGCGCAUGGCCCUGCUCAUGGCCGAGAUGUCCCGUCUGGUGCGCGGCGGCAGCGGGAACAAGCGGGCGCUGAUCCAGUGCGCCAAGGACAUCGCCAAGGCCUCGGACGAGGUGACCCGACUGGCCAAAGAGGUGGCCAAGCAGUGCACCGACCGGCGCAUCAGAACCAACCUGCUGCAGGUGUGCGAACGCAUCCCCACCAUCAGCACUCAGCUGAAGAUCCUCUCCACGGUCAAAGCCACCAUGCUGGGCCGCACCAACAUCAGCGAAGACGAGUCAGAGCAGGCCACAGACAUGCUGGUGCACAACGCCCAGAACCUGAUGCAGUCCGUGAAGGAGACGGUGAGAGAAGCCGAGGCAGCGUCCAUCAAGAUCAGGACCGACUCGGGAUGCACCCUGCGCUGGGUCCGUAAGACUCCCUGGUACCAGUGAACCCCCGAACCCGCCCAGCAGCCGCCAGAACCCCGGGAGUUCAGGUCACAUGUAAGAGCACACCGCAGAUCCUUUGUACAAAUGACACGCACACAAAGGAAGAAUGAUGGCGCUCCCCUUUGUGAAGAGGAAGCCUGCGAAGUGCAGCUUUCAGUCCGUCCUUUACUUCAGUUUGUGUGUGUGUGUGUGUGUGUGUGUGUGUGUGUGUGUGUGUGUGUGUGUGUGUGUGUGUGUGUGUGUGUGUGUGUGUGUGUGUGUGUGUGUGUGUGUGUGUGUGCGUGCGUGCGUGCGUGCGUGCGUGCGUGCGUGCGUGCGCAGGUGUGUGCGUGUGCGUGAGUGUGCGUGUGUGUGUGUGUGUGUGUGUGUGUGCGUGUGUGCUGUUUGUUUGUGUGUUAUCUUUUGGUACUUGGCCUACUGUCAGUUAGUCCUACUCUGUUCCCGGGCUCUUUCGUCUGUAGCUAUGGAAAUCCAUAGGUUAAUAUUUGACAGUUUUUUUAUAUAUAUUUUUGGUAUGUUGGGUUACAAGAGUUUAUCCAAAUCCCAGGUAUAUAUUUUUUGCAUGAAACGUUUUUUCUACUUUUAAAGGAGAAUUAUGAAAUAUAAUAUUCACUGAGAAAGAAUGUUUACUUUUCGUUGAAUGUCAUCGGUUUAUUAUGGUGUACUGUAUAUAUUUAAUAGGGAUUUAUUUUGUUAACAUCCUUUGCUGGGAGUUUAGUGCUUUGAUCUUGUGCAUACCUGGCUGAUUGUAUUUCGGUCCUUAUGUUUACGUUGAAUCGUUAUACUGCUCUUAACUGAAGAUCCAUCCGAGAGGUGAAAUAUGACCUAUCAACUGAAUUACACUUUGCCAUGCAAUGCUUUUGUUUAUUUAUUUUCACCAUUUAUGGGUUUAUGAAACCUAUUUAAAAAGUCAUAUUGCUGAGAAGUGGACAUUUUUACUUUUUUGGGGUUGCUAACUUAACAGCAGCAUUAGUCAAUGUUGUUCAAUAGUUAGUUCCUUAUGGUUCAACAUUGCCUAAGGGUUUUUCAUUUCAUCAACACAGUUUAUAACCAGGACAACAACUGUUAAUAUGAACAUAGGUCAAAUAAAAGACAUUUGACUUAGAAGUAAUGUUACUUUUCUAAAGUUACAGUCGCAAUGUGUACAAUUUCAACAAGCUCGUAGCAUAAAUGAAAAGACAUCGAUAUGUGUGUGAUCACUGCUGAUCGAGUGAUUUUAAAACCUAGCAAUAAAAUCACAUCUUAUUACUGACAUAUUCUACAAAUAAAAGAUAAAUACCCUGGCAGUUAUUACCAUUCUUAAAGUCUCCUGCCUUCUUAAUGGGAGCUCUUAACACAUCAACUUCAAUAUUUUUGUGCUUUACUUUCAUUACCACCUUUUCCCUUAACAUUUUCAUGAUUUAGUUUUCUCAUUUGUGAGAAGCCCGUUCUAGAGACGUAUGAGUGAGAACCUGGACAUCAAUGUCUGAAUGUUCCCAACAAUCAUUUGGUUGUGCUUUUUCCAGAUGACCGCAAUGGUUUUAUAACCUUCAAAUAUGUUCAUGUUGCUAACUGGUACAUUCAUGCAAGUGUUCAAUUUGGAUUUGCCUCAGGCAACUGCAAAAGAAAAUAUUUUUCCCUUGAUUGUUCAAGAUGAUAAUAACCAAUCAAUUUGUUAUUUUUUAAUAUCUAUUUUAGCAUUGCUUCAACCACGUGGUGGUAUUUCUUUUUUUACAUCGGCAGUUUAAGAACAACUGUCAGAGAAAAGUAUAAAUACGUGUGUCCUUAUAAACUUUACUCAACAGGCAGUAUUAAAAGGUGGACUGUGGCUUAAGAAAAGGUUUUACGUUAAUUACACGUUGGCCUAUAAGGAUGCAGCGAUCGCUAACGUUGAGUCACUGAAAUUCUCCAACCUUGGAUGUCUGAUUCUCGUAGCGCUGUCCACACAUCUGUGCCUUCGAAUAAUAAAAACACAAAUACUGCUGGACUUCAUAGCCUCUUUAUUUGACACAUUAUGCUAACAAUGUUAUCGGAUAUUAAAGUACACUUUAUGAGCAUUGCAGUAAAUACGCACACAUAAAACAUGGGUUUUUCUUAUAAAAUAUCUUAAUUUGUUGAUAAACAGAGGACAUUCCUUGUCCCCACCCUCCCCAAUAAGUGAUUGUGCAAAAGCGGUGUUGAAUAAGGCUGCAUUUCGAGAGUAUUGAUUUAUAAAAGUAAGGUGAGAUUGCCUCCUGAGCAUCCUCAACUCUCUACAACAGAGCAGAAACGCACCCCGGCUCUACACCACGGUAGGGACUGAAACCUUCUUCAGUGAUUCGGGAUUAAAAACUCCAUCCUCUCGUUCCUGUGUGAAGUCCACUACUGGUGCGUGUAGUUGUAGUCAGAGUGACGAGGUUAGGUCCUACAUAUAAUACAUAACAGUUCCCCAGGUCGCCAAGGUGGACCAGGGUGCUCUCUAUGGCAAACAGACAUUCCUGUCAAACCGCAAAGCCAACAUUUCUGGGCUGAAAUACCUGCACUCACACGGUAAACAAGGGAA